ACUUACAGAGUGUUGCAAUUUGUGAUUGUCUGUAUAUUGUUUAAAUUAAUUUAUUUAAUGAAUUUUUUCUUGGCAUCUAACUGAAAAUUUACGAAUUUUAUGGCCACAAAUAACAUACUAAGGCCAUGAAAGAUGGAGGGAAUAUCUCUCAUGGAAUCUAUUUAUUUGUUUGUGUUAUUUAAAUUUUUGUAAAAAGCACUAUCUUUGAAAAUAAUUAUUUAGAUUCUAGAAUGGAAAAAAUGUUGGUAGUAACGUCUAUAGAUAUUUGGGUUUUUCUAAGCGUAUUGUGUAUGUAUGGUUUAAACAACCAUUUGUAGGUUAUGAUUUUGUUGUUUUACACGGAAAUAGGAAAGUAAUGAUGCUUUAUUAUUCUUAAUGCGAUGGAAAACGAUGAUGAAAUGAAAGAUAAAGCAUCACGUGAUAAAACCAAGUCCAAGAAAAAACCGCUGUGUAGGUUGGGACUUUUGGUGCCAAGAAAGACUAGAGUUGGUUGUUUGUCAGCAGAGAGCGAGGACAUACAUUUAAGCGAAAAUUCAAUUACACCGGAAGGAUGUAAAUUGGAACAGCAUAGUGCAGAUACUAAUCUUUCUCCACAAGAACAAGGACUUAUUGUUGAAACGUGGGAUGUGAAAAACGAAUCACAAGAGAAGGGUUCUGAAGAACUGGUACGUUCAUUGUCUCCCAAGGAAGUUAGUAAUAGUACAAAAAUAUCAUUGUGUUGUGCCAUGACUGAGAGUUCUAAAUCUGUCGAUGAUCAUCAUCAUUCAAAUUACCAUCGCACAAACAAUGCUGAACGGAACAGAAUGAGUCUUGGCAUUACAACGGAUGAAAAGAUUACCACAAGUUCCAAUAACAAAGUAAAAUUGCUUCAAACAGUGACUUUAGAAUCUGACUCCACACAGCAUGAAGGAUGUGCUAUAGGUGGCAGUGGAGACAAAGAAGAACCACUAUCUGGUGCCAGAGAGAAUGACGUUAUUCAAAGUUCUUCUCCGUCUGUCAGCGAUAUGUCAUCAUGCGAGUCCUCCCCAAUACCAACCCAGGCUCGCCUCAAGGGCUCUGUUCUCACGCAGCGAAGAUCUGCAGAUAACCUCUUACUGGGGUUGCAUCAGUCGCCUCCUUUGCGUCAUUCAUCACCAGACUCGAGUAAGAGCGUGCCUGAGACUCAGAAAAGGUAUAGGAUGAGGUCAGUUUCUCAUGAUACUAUGCUGCCGCCUAGAGACAAGGCUUUGGUACGUGUAGAAGAAGGUGAUAGUAAUAAUAAAGGGCGUGGAUCUAUGGACAGUUUGGCAAGGCACUCAUUAUUGGCGGCACAGGUGUUUCAUCUUAUCCCAACUGUGAAAGCUAGGGAAAGGAACUUCCUUCACGGCCGCAUUGCCGCGGACUCGUUGCUGGGCUCGCUGGAGCUGGAGAAAACGCUGCCGCAGCGAGAACUGCGUGUGUUCGUGGGCACGUGGAACAUGAACGGACAGGCGCCGCCCAAGGAGCUAAACGACUUCAUGCUGCCCCCGGGACUGGAGCACGUGCCCGACGUGAUCGUGGUGGGCACCCAGGAGAGCUACUCGGAGCGCUCCGAGUGGGAGGUGCACCUGCAGGAGACGGUGGGGCCCUCGCACCUGCUGUUCCACUCGGCCGCGCUGGGCACGCUGCACCUCGCCGUGUUCCUGCGCCGCGACCUGCUGUGGUUCUGCUCCGUGCCGGAAGAGUCGAGCUACAGCGUGCGCCCGGGCACAGCGUUCAGGACGAAGGGGGCGGUGGCCAUCGCGUUCAUGCUGUUCGGGACAUCGUUCCUGUUCAUCACCGCCCACCUCACCGCCCACGUCGACAAGGUGAAGGAGCGAAUCCACGACAUCCGGCGGAUAGUCAAGUCCCUGGACCUGCCCAAACUGCUGCCAGUGAGACACAAGAACAAAGACGUGACGCAGAACUUUGACUACGUGUUCUGGUGCGGCGACCUGAACUUCCGCCUGACGCAGCCCCGCGAGGAGGUCAUGCAGUGGGUGUCGAAGCAGCAGUUCCCAAUGGUGCGGCCCCACCUGCUGUGCUCCGACCAGCUGCGUGCCAGCCGCGCCCAGGGAUCGGUGUUCAGGGACUUCGAGGAGGGGCCCAUCACGUUCCCGCCCACGUACAAGUACGACCCAGGCACCCAGGACUACGACACGUCGCACAAGCAGCGGACGCCGUCGUACACGGACCGCAUCCUGUUCAAGAGUGGGCGCGGGCGCCGGGAGAGCCACGCCCCGGGGGCCAGCCCCGCGCUGGAGUGCCUCGUCUACACGUCCGUGCCAUCCAUCUGCACGUCGGACCACAAGCCCGUGUGGGGACUGUACCGCUGCGCGGUGCGCCCCGGCAUCGACACGAUCCCGCUGGCGGCCGGCUUGUUCAACCGCGAGGUCUACUUGGAAGGCAUCAGGCGCAGGGCUGCGGCACUGGACAAGAGGCACUCUACUUCAGGGGCGUGCUCUCUGCAGUGAGCUUAGGUCCCUUCGACACCGGUCUGUAUUCGCUCCCGGAGCUUGUGAUGUUACCACUUAAGGGGGAUGGGAUAAAGGGAAACCUGAAGACACAGUCUUGGCUUCAAAAGUUUUUUUUAUAUCCUAAUUGGACUUAGCUAUGCAAAAAGGAACCAACCCACAUCAAACCUAUUCUGAAUAUUUUGAAGUUAAAGUUAAUUAUAAAUUGUAAUUCUCGUAUUGAUAACAUAAUGUGGGUGUAAUUUUAAUGGUCUAGUAUAAAUACUGAUAUAAUAAUAGCAACAACGGUACGAUCAACCUUGUACUAUUUUAAUUUAUUUUCAAAAAAAAAUAUAACAAAAUUGUGGGUUAGUUCCUUUUUGCAUAACUACGUCUAAUUAUCGUAGAGACUCGAUUGACCAAGCAUCCUCGGAUUAGCAAAAUCUCAGAUGACACGAAUAUAAUAAGUGAAUGAUCUUGGUUUUCAGUUGGCCCGGUGGUAUCUUUUUUUUUUUUGGGUGAUGUUUCCCCUGAUUUUCUUCAGUCACUCUUGUGAUUCGUCCAACCAGUAAACGGCAUCUUAAAGGUUAAUUUUCUUUAGGCUUUCAACAACAGUUAGAUCAUUAUCUAGGUUGUUCUCAAGCAAAUCAUUCAAUAGUCUUUAUGAGGCCUGCACAAAUACUAGUUUUUUGAAGGGAAGCUCAUAUCAAAUCAAAUGUUUAAAAUAUUUGCGAAGUCAAAUCAGAUUACGAAUAUGCGAACGUGACUUAAACUUAUUUUUUUAAACGCAAACAGAGCGUCUUCUUUUGAUUUUUUAAGUAACCAACUUUAUUCAAAGAAUAUAUACAACACAAAAAAAAAAACUAAAUAUUUUCAUGAGCAAAUCUCAAGCUUCCAAUGUUUUAAAGCUUUGCAACAAAUGUAAAGCUUCACAUCAGACGCGAAGCUUUGCAUCACAACGGAAGUUUCAAAUAAGACGAAUAGCAAAUUUCCUGGUGAAGUCAAAUUGAAUAUCAAAAAAGAGCUUCGAUUGAUUCAAUUAGUCGAAGCUUUGCGCAAGCCUAGUCUUUACUGGUAAGGGUGCAUUUUGUCUGCUUGGUUAAUAGAAGCUCGCUGAAUUGAGACUACUGUAUUUGCAAAUUACACUCUUUUUGAGGUGAGGUACCUUAAUUUAAUGGAAUGCCUAAAGUUGAUAAUGAUUGGCAACAAAAAUUUUUUUUUUUCCUUGUUAAAACGUUAGGUUUCAAUUAGGGAUGGGUUGAGUACACAUUUUUAUCGAUUCCGAUACCGGUACCGAUUCCUAAAUUUCGAUUCUCGAUUCCGAGUCAUUCCAGUUUUCGAUUCCUGGUAAUUCUGGUCACAUAAUUAAAACUACUUAAGAAUUGAAUGCAUUACAUAAUGAUAAUAACAUGUAUAAAGGAUAAUUAUAAACUUAGGAUUAAAUGUUGAGGGUUUUUUUUUCAAUUUCCAGUGAAGAAGCAUCUUCACAUAAAGUUUGUUUGCUAGUAAGUACUAGGCUGUGCACAAAGAAGUUCAACAUUUAGACAGGGUUCUUUAACAGACGAUAACGCCGAUAACAUAACAUCUUUGUUCAAAAUGGGUUCAAGGUAGCACUACUUUUUUCUGUGGUACCUUUUGACUUAGUUGGUGACAGUGCUGUAAACAAAAGUUUGUUUUUCUUCAAAGACUAUUUUUUCUGGUAGUAAUGUGUGCCGGGAUUUCAAAUGCUUCAUUAAAUUGGUUGUAGAUUUGUAAGUACCGCUCCGUGAAAUUUGCGCACUACCAUGAUUACAAAUUGCAUAUUUGUCAUUUUCACUAUUGAUGCGAAAAUGUUCCCAAACUUUAGACAUGUUGAUACAAUAUCAGACCAUUCGCAUCGUAAUUUGAAACGACAGUCGGCGAACAUUUUUUUUACUAACAAACUAGCAAAACACUUGAAAAUAGUUUUAGCAAAACAAUAUUUGUGCCAUAUAUAUAAUAUAUAGCAUAAAUGCGAA